AUGCCGCGUGUCGCCGACAGCAGCCAGCAGCCGACGCGGCGCUACGCUGUCAAGUGCAACUACGUCGGUCUCUUUUUGAGUGCCUGCUCGCUCCUCAACAUUGCGUCCAUGCCCAUGAAGGCGUACAUCUCCGAGUACCUCCCUUGGCGCGCACCGCCCGUCAUGCCCGACAUGUUCAGCAACUUUUCCGACUUUAGCGCGCACAUGCUCGCCUUUGACAAGCGACUGUACAACAACGCCACGCUUCCGCGGGGGGCCACCUACGUGACCGACUGGACCAACGACGUGCAAGUGAUGCGGCAAGUGCUUUAUCCAUUCGCAUUGGCACCGCUGGCCCGAGAUGCGUGUCUUGGCUCGUUUCUGCUCGGCAUGCCGGGUUUGAUCUUUUACACACCCGCGCAAAUGGAUCUGCUUUGCAGUCUCGUCGCAACAAAAAACGCGUCGGAGUUGCAUUUUCCGCCGGGUGGGUGUUUUGCCAACGCGCUGUCGUCCCGUAACGUUGGCACGUCGUGCUACUGGAUCGACCACGGCAACACGCUCACGAACGCAACCGAGCCGGACGCCGUGACGCUCACGUACGUGUACAAUGCGACUCGGUAUUACAAAUGGCUCUGGUGCAAGUUUGCCUACCGUAUUAUGAGCACCUGCUUUGUGGUCUAUCGUCUCUGGACGCAGUACUAUCGCCAUUGCGUGGGGCUCUAUCAACGCCUCGCACGCGCGAGCCACUUUGCAACGCCACCCACAACAAACUGGCGCUACGAGCUCGUGCUGGGCGACCCCACCGCCAUCAUCCUCAUGGAUCCCAUGGUCGCGCUGGUCUUUCUCGUCGACAUUUGGAUCAGCAUCGGCAAUGUCGGUGUCGCGGUGCUGCGCGCCUCCCAGAACGGUGACCUCGCCGUCAACUUGCUCAACAUCCUCUACUUGUCACGGACGGUCUGGUUUGGCUACUUUGCACUUUGCCUCACGGCGUUUUAUCUCCGGCGCUAUUCCAAGCAACAUCUCUUUGCCGACGUCGACACAACCAUGGUGGCAAUUGGCGUCACCGCCUACGGGCCGCUCAUUUCGUGGCUCAGCGGCAACGUUGCCGCGCUGGCGGCUGCCUAUCAAUGGUGCUUUACAGCUCCUGUCCCCGUCGACAAGACGAGUCAGGAAAAUGAGCUCGUGCUCGGCUGUGUCCUCUACACGCUGAGCAUUGCCUGCAUGCCAGUGACCUACGGUUUUACCGCGGCUUUUGUGCGCCACCAUCUGCUACCCCGCCUUGGCACGCGCGAUUACAGCAGCUACCUCUACAACACGAUCAAGAACCGGGCGCUCUUGAGCUUGGUACGUCCGUUUCGCGACGCGACACCUAGUCGCGGAGGCGCUAUCUACGCCCUCUUCGAUCUCGACCCACACUGCAAGAACAGCCCGACACUCAGUCUCUCGGGCGCCGACUGCUACCUCCUCUGCUACGAAAAUGAAGAGCUUUGUGAAAAGCUACGCCUCAGCCUCCUCUGCAGUUUAAGGCAAGCGCGUGAGAAUCCAAAAUCGUCCGUCUCCGAGACCCGCACACUAUCACCGUACGCCUUCAACGUCCUCGACUUGCAAGAACCCGACGUGCCGCGGCGCAUGAAGGAAAAAUCAUUCAUGCACAUCAAAGGCAUCUUUGUGGGGCUGCAGCGACCGCUCGAGUCAUCCCCAUGGUGUCUUUAA